ACAAACUCUAGAAGCACACAUCAGCCCUCCACCUCGCUCGUGCUCCACACCAGCUAGGUAGCAGCCAUGGAGGCGAGCACGACGAAGCUCCGGUCACUCCUGCUGACCUUCCUCCUCCUCAUCACCACCGCCAUCGCGUCGCCCACCCUCGCCUGCGACGAGUGCCGCAAGCCCCCCAAGGCCCCCAAGCCUUCCCACCCGCCCAAGGCCAAGGCCCCCGCCCACCCGCCGAAGAGCCGCGUACCUUGCCCGCCGGUCUACGGCCCGCCCCAUGGCCACGUACCUCGCCCGCCGGUCGUCGGCCCGCCCAAGGGCCACCUCCCUCGCACGCCGGUCGUCAGCCCNNNNGUCGUCGUCGGGCCGCCGGUCACCUUCCCGCCCAUCACCAACCCUCCCGUCGUCAGCCCGCCGGUCACGUACCCCGCGCCACCGGUGAUCGCCCCUCCAGUCACCACUCCCCCGUCGCCGCCGGUGACCACUCCCACUCCCCCGUCUCCGCCGGUCACCACUCCCCCGUCGACGCCGGGGACAACUCCGCCGUCGACGCCGGGGAACACUCCCCCGUCGUCGCCGGGGUGCGGCUGCGGUUCGCAGCCGCCAGCGCCAGCGCCGCCGGCGACGCAGACGUGCCCGGUGGACACGCUGAAGCUCGGGGCGUGCGUGGACCUGCUGGGCGGGCUGGUGCAUAUCGGCCUGGGCGACCCGGUGGUGAACCAGUGCUGCCCGCUGCUGGAAGGGCUGGUGGAGCUGGAGGCGGCGGUGUGCCUCUGCACCACCAUCCGGCUGAAGCUCCUCAACAUCAACCUCGCCCUGCCCCUCGCCCUCCAGCUCCUCCUCACCUGCGGCAAGACCCCGCCACCCGGCUUCACCUGCUCCAUCUAGUCGACCUAACCUCGGCGAGUCAGUGUGCCACAGUGCCAGUGCACGUGGAGAUGGAUGCAUGGAUGGAUCGACAUGAGAGGAUGUCGAUGGUCGUCGUCUAGCUAGUAGCAAGAAGAGAUCGAUCGAUCAGCUAAGAAUGCAUCGAUGAGUACUGUUUGUUUUUCUUGUGAUUUUUAUUUUGUGUUUGGCUAGGCCUGUGUGUUGUGGUUUGAUGCCAGAGGUGAUAAUCGAUGUGUGCUGAUCAAUUAAUUGGUCACAACUGAUGACCAACUGAUUAAGCUAGCAAAUAAGAAGAAGGAAACAAGUAAACAGUAGUAGUAAGAUUCCAUGUCAUGAAUAAUUCACAGAGCUGUUCCAGAGUGACCAGUCGGGAUUGGAUUGGA